AUGAAAUCAAAUAAGCAUAAGACCCAGUAACAUUAUCCAAUCUAUAUAUUAAAAACUUAAAGGAAGGUAUUCAUCUAAAUUAUUCUUAAUGAACUAAGAAUACUGGAAGCACAAAAUAAAUCAUUAAAAACUACUUUAGGAGUAUAUGAUUUCGAAGCCAAAAAAAGACCCUAAUCAGGUAUUGAAAAGAUAGCUAAUUCACAAAUCAAAAAAAUUGAAUUAGGAUAAAAACCAUCAGAUUUUGCAAAAUAUCCGUAAAUACUAUAUACAAAUAAUUAUUAGAACCAAUUCAAAAUUGAGCAAUUUAUUUGUUGAUGAGAGUGCCUUUGGUAGUUCUGCUGUUAGAAUUGAAUACAUAAGAGAACUAGAAUUUUUAGUUGAUGCAUUAAAAAAAUAGAAUGCUGAACUCUAAACACAAAUCUAAAUCAAAAAGCCUAAUCUAUAACAUAGUUCUAUUGUUAUACCCAAAAAAUAUGAAGGACAUGAUUGUGUAAAUGAUUAAAUACUAGUCUAAAAAUCAACACUAAUCAAUGUAAGUAAAAUUACUAUAGCUAAUGAGUUAACUUCAAAAAAUAAACUAAAACCAGAUAAUUCUCUUAAAGAUAGGUAAUCCACAUUAAAUACUAUUUUUAGAUAAAUUCAAAAUUUAAUAGAGGAAAAGAAACUCUUAGAAUAAGAAGUUGCUAUGUAUAAAGAAACAUCAAAAACAAGAUAAGCAAAAAGAGAAGGAUUUGAUGCUGAUAAAAUGGUUAAGAAAUUUGAUAAAAAUUCAAUUAUUUAUGGAGCCAAAUAGAAGUAUCUAACAUAAAGCAAACAUGAUGAAGAAAUUAAGGAAAAAUAUUUAUAGGCUUUAAUGCAAGAGACAUUUUUAUUAUAAUAAUAAUUAUAAAGAAUAUAAGAAGAAAGUAAAUACUUUGAUCCCCAUAAAAAAUCUGAAUAUUGA